UUAUAAAAUGUGGCACGUUUGCUUACUCUCGAUUUUUCCCUUUCAAUUUAUUUGCUUUUUUUACGACCGCCUCAUAAAUUUCUUUCCAUCUUUAGGUUUUCCCUUCUGCGUUUCCCUAAUAGCUCAGACAUACAUAUUUUAUGGUACGCUCUCUCUGCUCAGCUCCAACAUUCAUCUGCGUCUCUUUGCCAAUCCAUCUCACUGUCUUACGUACGGCGGCUCCAUUCUGAAAAAGGAUUGUUUUACUCUUUGCUUCCAGAUUCGAUCAAAUCUUGAAGGGUUUGGUUCACCUUUCUCGAUAAUCAACAGCAGCAGGAGGUUAGCGUCUUUCAUUUUUGAACGCUUAUUGAGAAAAUCAUGGUGAGUCCAUUUGGGCAAAUGGGCAAGCAGGAUUUAGGUCCUCCAUGGUUGCGACCAAUGCUGAGAGCCAGCUAUUUCAUCCCCUGUGCAGUUCAUGGGGAUUCUAAUAAAAGUGAAUGUAAUAUGUUUUGUUUAGAUUGUAUGGGUAAUACCCUCUGCUCUUAUUGUUUGAUCGAUCAUAAAGAUCACCGUGUUGUUCAGAUAAGGCGAUCUUCAUACCAUAACGUGGUGAGGGUGAAUGAAAUACAGAAGUACAUAGAUAUAUCUUGCGUCCAGACUUACAUUAUUAAUAGCGCCAAAAUCGUGUUCCUGAAUGAGCGACCUCAGCCAAGGCCGGGAAAAGGCGUCACCAACACUUGCGAGAUUUGUUGCAGAAGCCUCCUUGAUUCCUUCAGAUUCUGUUCUCUUGGAUGCAAGCUUGGAGGCAUGAAGCGGGGUGACCCAGACCUGACAUUUACACUGAGGGUGAAGCACAAUCGGGAUCCUUUCCUUGGUGAGUCUGAAUCCGAUGAGUCCUCUACCCCAAAGAAGAUUAGAAAGACACAUGCUUUCAACCGGUUGAUGGAUGGACUUACAAUUUAUUCUUCAGAUGGGCAUAGCAAUGAAUUUAACUCGGGAGAUGAGGCCACUACCAACCUAUCUCCAUCUACUCCUCCCAUUUAUAAUCACCGCAAUGCAAGGAGAAGAAAGGGUAUUCCUCAUCGUGCUCCAUUUUGAGAUUUCUCAAGAAUUGGAAAACAAACAUAUGAAAAAGGAGAAAAACCAUAUAUAAGAAAAGGUGAAAAAUUAUAAAAAGAAAAAGGAGAAAAAAAAUUGAUGGGUGGAUGGCAAUAAUGUUUAGUAUGCAGUGAAAAUUUGACACAUAAAAAUUAGGGUAAAAAAUGAUUGUUACAGUGUUUUCUUGUGUAGAUAGUAGCAAAAGACUGUUUCUGUUGGCUAUGGACUAUGGAGCACGGGAAAGAGUCCCAUCAUAUUUAUUAAUUAGCACUGGGACUUGAUUUCUCGAAUAGAAAUCUUAGGACAUAUAGUUUUAAAAACGUGUUUGUACAGAUGAUUAUGUAUGGGUUUUAGGUAGUUGGAAAGAUAGUAAUAAUGGAGUGGCAUUAUGAUGGGUUAUGUA